CCCCCCGCCGCCACCAUGGUGCAGAAAUCCCGCAACGGAGGCGUCUACCCGGGGCCCGCCGCCGAGAAGAAGCUCAAGGUGGGCUUCGUGGGGCUGGACCCGGGCGCCCCGGACUCCAGCCGGGACGGAGCGCUGCUCAUCGCCGGCUCCGAGAGCUCCAAGCGGGGCAGCAUCCUCAGCAAGCCGCGCUCCGGGGUCUCGGGCAGCGGGAAGCCCCCCAAAAGGAAUGCUUUUUACCGCAAGCUGCAGAAUUUCCUCUACAAUGUGCUGGAGAGACCGCGGGGAUGGGCUUUCAUUUACCACGCAUACGUUUUUCUACUAGUGUUCUCCUGCCUGGUGCUGUCUGUCUUUUCCACCAUUGAUGAGUACCAGAACAGCUCAGAAGGGGCCCUUUACAUCCUGGAAAUUGUCACCAUCGUGGUGUUUGGGGUGGAGUACUUUGUGCGGAUCUGGGCCGCCGGAUGCUGCUGCCGCUACCGGGGCUGGAGAGGACGCUUGAAAUUUGCCCGCAAGCCUUUCUGUGUCAUUGACAUCAUGGUGCUGAUCGCAUCCAUCGCCGUGCUGGCAGCGGGCUCCCAGGGGAAUGUCUUUGCCACCUCGGCCCUCAGGAGUCUGAGGUUCCUGCAGAUCCUGCGCAUGAUCCGCAUGGACCGGCGCGGCGGCACCUGGAAGCUCCUGGGCUCCGUGGUCUACGCACACAGCAAGGAGCUGAUUACUGCCUGGUAUAUUGGCUUCCUGUGCCUCAUCCUGGCCUCUUUCCUGGUGUACUUGGCCGAGAAGGGAGAAAAUGAGCACUUUGAUACAUACGCAGAUGCACUUUGGUGGGGUCUGAUCACUCUCACCACCAUUGGCUAUGGGGACAAGUAUCCACAGACCUGGAAUGGGCGGCUGCUGGCGGCAACCUUCACACUCAUCGGUGUCUCCUUCUUCGCCCUUCCUGCUGGCAUCUUGGGUUCAGGAUUUGCUCUGAAGGUUCAAGAGCAGCAUCGACAAAAACACUUUGAGAAGAGGCGAAACCCAGCAGCGGGCCUGAUCCAGGCGGCUUGGAGAUUUUAUGCCACCAACCUGUCCCGGACAGAUCUGCACUCCACCUGGCAGUACUACGAACGCACCGUCACCGUCCCCAUGUACAGCACGCAAACGCAAACGUAUGGUGCCUCCAGACUCAUCCCUCCUCUGAACCAGCUGGAGCUCCUGAGGAACCUGAAGAGCAAGUCGGGACUGACAUUCAGGAAAGAGCAGCAGCCUGAACCAUCGCCAAGUAAAAGCAAACCGUGCAGAGAGUCACUAUGCGGAUGCUGCUCAGGAAACUCUAGUCAGAAGGUCAGUUUGAAAGAUCGUGUCUUCUCCAGUCCCCGCGGUGCUGGCACCAAAGGGAAAGGCUCUCCACAGGCUCAGGGCAUCAGGAGGUCCCCCAGUGCUGACCAGAGCAUCGAGGACAGCCCGAGCAAAGUGCCCAAGAGCUGGAGCUUCGGAGACCGCAGCCGAGCCCGGCAAGCGUUCCGCAUCAAGGGAGCGGCGUCGCGGCAGAACUCGGAAGAAGCAAGCCUCCCUGGAGAAGACAUUCCUGAUGAGAACAAAAGCUGCAACUGCGAGUUUGUGACAGAAGAUUUGACACCAGGGCUGAAAGUCAGCAUCAGGGCCGUGUGCAUUAUGAGGUUUCUGGUCUCCAAGCGCAAGUUUAAGGAGAGCCUUCGGCCCUACGACGUGAUGGACGUCAUCGAGCAGUACUCGGCUGGGCACCUGGACAUGCUCUCCCGGAUCAAAAACCUUCAGGCCAGGAUAGAUAUGAUUGUGGGUCCCCCACCCCCUUCAACUCCCCGGCAUAAGAAGUAUCCAACCAAAGGACCCAUGUAUUCUUCCAAAGAGUCUCCCCAAUACUCGCCUAGAGUUGACCAGAUUGUUGGGAGAGGAUCCUCCAUGACCGACAAGGAUCGGACCAAAGGGCCGGCAGAAGGGGAGCUGCCCGAAGACCCCAGCAUGAUGGGCAGGCUUGGAAAAGUUGAAAAACAGGUUCAGUCCAUGGAGAAGAAGCUGGACUUCCUGGUGAACAUCUACAUGCAGCGGAUGGGCAUCCCACCAACGGAGACAGAGGCUUACUUUGGGUCCAAAGAACCAGACCCGGCCCCUCCCUACCACAGCCCCGAAGACAGCCGGGAGCACAUCGACAAGAACGGCUGCAUCAUCAAGAUCAUCAGGUCCACCAGCUCCAUGGGUCAGAAGAACUUCUCCGCCCCACCAGCCCCGAGCAACGCCUGCCCGCCCUCCACGUCGUGCCAGCGGCAGAGCCACGGCUCCUCUCCCAUCGGGGACCCCGGCUCGCUGGUCCGGAUCCCGCCUCCACCCUCCCACGAGCGCUCCCUGUCCGCCUACAGCGGCGGGCACCGGGCGAGCAGCGCGGAGUACCUGAGGAACGAAGACAUUACAACCAAACACCACGAGAGUGCCAUGAGAGACAGCGACACGUCCAUCUCCAUCCCCUCGGUGGACCACGAGGAACUGGAGCGCUCUUUCAGCGGCUUUAGCAUCUCCCAGUCCAAAGAGAAUUUGGACAUCCUUAACAACGGUUGCUAUGCAGCCGUGGCCAAAAUCAGACCCUACAUUGCGGAAGGGGAGUCAGACACCGACUCUGACCUCUGCACGCCCUGUGGUCCCCCCCCGAGGUCGGCCACGGGCGAGGGACCCUUCAGUGACAUGGGCUGGUCAACCCCCCGGCAGUGAAGCCUCCCUGCAGCCGCCGCGCCGCGUCCCAGCGCUGGCAGCUGCCCGCUCCAGCUGCCCACGUGUCGAACUUCUCAAGGAGAUUGACAGCUAAGGUUUUCCUCUUUCUAGGACACCCUUAGCUGGCAGAUACUUUCUUGCAGCUUACUCUGGGGGGGACAAGCAGGUCCGAGCCUGCACUUGUGGAAGAGGUCACGGUGACAAGUGAACUGGAGCCGUGAAGUCCAGAUUUCUUUCAUACUCUCUUUCUAAGAUCAUUAGGUGAAACUUCCAUGGCGCAGAGUAGGCAAUUUGCAUUUCUUGGGAAUCUUCAGAAGCGCAGGGCAGGAAUAAAUCACCCAGCCAGGGCUUUUGUAGAUCAUUUUAACUGGUGGCUGACAAGUGUUAGGUGGGAAUUGAUAUGUCAUGGCAGGAGCUGAUCGCACCUUUAGGUGUUUUGGAGUCACAGACAGAAUACGUGUCUGUUCCUGGCUUAGGUUUCAGGGCAUGUGUAAUAGUGAGGGGUUGUUACUCCGUGGUUCCUCAUUAGCUGUCAGGAAGGUGACAUAAUUUCAAUAUAAUACAUGGAAAAUCCCUGGAGGAGAGGAAUGCUGGCUGGGAUAUUUCCACGAGCAGCAGACGUGGCCUUAAGUGGGACUUGCUGGGGUACUGCUCUGAACCACAGCAAUUUGGAAAUGAUCCCAUCUUGGGAAAAACUCAGAAAAUAUGAGCUUGAGUGCAAGAAGAGGGACAAUCCAGAGGGCAGAGAAAUGAGACAGAGAAGGAGGACGAGACACUAUGGGGAUGGAAUUUUAUAUUUUUAACCAUGUAUUAUAUUUAAUUAUCUCUCCUUCUGCUGACAAGGGACUUGGGGGUGUUUUGAAAGCAAAGAUGAAUGAAAGGCAACCUCUGGAGGGCUGCCAUGAUCCCAAGCCAGCAGAGCUGUUGGGGAGGCACAGCCACCAGGCUAAGGGAGAGGGUGGACAUGCAGGAUGCUGUGGUCCCUGCCUUGCUGUGAGUGAAGUGCUGAGCUCCAUCCUCUGGAAGCCCUGUUGGUCAGAGUGGGCACUUUUCUUACGGUUUGCAUCGUGCCUGAACACUUUAUUGCACACACUAAGCCCGUGAAAAUCUUUCCUUUCUUCUUCUGCCCUGAAGAAUUUCACCCCCCCAUUUUUGGGACAUCCUUUGGUUUGUUUGGAUCCCUCAAGCUGAGUUAAGAGGCUCUGCUUUCUUUCUUUCUUCAUGGUCUUUCAGAAGCCUCUUGCCCGUGCUUGCCUGCAAGUUGUGCCAAUCCCAGUCUGCUCCAUUUCGUUGUGGAAGCACUUCCUUUUGGAAAGGUCAUUCAUUACCAGGAACCUCAGCAGCUCCUUCAGCUGGGGGAAGGCAAGGGGAAAAGUGAUGCUCCAAGUUUCUUUUGGGACCAAAACAAAGCCACAAAGUGAUCCUUUAAAUGGAUAAGUUGGUAGGGGUUUUUAUUUGCAAGGACGUGGAUCAGGAGAAGUUUGGUUUGGGAUGUGUUUCCAGGGCUGGGACACCAUGGCUGGCACUGUGCCUCUGAGCCUUGCUGUGCAUCCACAGCCCAAAUCCCACGCGUGUUUUCUGCUGUGAUUUCAAGCCCUGUCUUUCCACAUUUUCCCUGUGUCAUAUCAAGAGCCUGUUAAGGCUAUUUAGGUGACAACUUCAUUUCUGUGUGGCCUUUGGGAGGUUGGACAUUGAUUUGCUUGGGGUGAAGGGAGACUCACAGCCUUUUCCUCUCCUCCUGUUUGCUUGACCAAACACAGCAACCAGGGGAGACCCAGGAUAAUUUUGGCCUUAGGGAAGAUGUGGGUGAAGUCUGACAACUUGCAGACAGGAAAUAAAACCAUUAUUUUGCUAGUGCCCAGGGCCAGCACACAGGUCUUAUCAUGGAAUGAGGAAGGGGGAAGUAUCUUCACAACUUUUCCUGCCAUUUUUCACCAUUCAGGAGGGGAAAACCUUGUUCUUAGGGAGAAACUGGGCUUCCAGCUAUGCUAGUUCCUUUCUUUCCCCUCUUGAACCAUGUUUUUGUUAACUUCUGCAGUUUUUCCCUCUCUGUUUGUGCUCCAAAACUCCUCCUGGCUCCAGAUUCCUUUGUGCAGAGUUAACGCAGCGAUGCCCUUGACUUCCACACAGUGACAACUUUAAAUGCCAAACGGCUGUAAAUUGUGCAGAUUUGCCUCUGGUGUAUUCCAAAAUGAGAUCCUUUCUGCUAGAACAAGAAGUGUCAGCAGGUCCUAAAUCAAAUGUGUGGCCUGGGCUUUCUACCCACCACAAGAAUGGAAAUUGCUUUUGGUGAGGCAAAAAUCGACAUUGUUCCAGCCAGCUGCUCACUGCAGAUUUUGUCCAAGUCAGAGAUAAAAAAGAUUUAUUCUCUUAUUUGUUUGCAAUUACUUUUCAAGGCCUGCUAGAAAUUUGGAACAGAGGCUGUGAUAUAGAGGCAGGAAUGCCAGAUGAGGAUGAGGAUGAGGAUGAGGAUGAGGAUGAGGAUGAGGAUGAGGAUGAGGAUGAUGCCAUGCAGUCCUAAUGCAGCACAGGUACAUGACUGGUCUUCGGUAAGAGAAUCACAGAAUCAUUCAUUCACAGAACCACAGAUUGGUUUGGGUGGAAAGGGAGCUUAAAGCUCAUCUUCAGGGGUUGCAUAGGAAAAUUUGAGUUUUUCCUCUUCACCUUCCUGCACUGGAAUCUAUAAAGAUCUUUUGACUUGUAUCUUGAAAAAUUGUUGGAUUUGUCCCAUAAUCAGUGAUUGCAAAAAACGAAUUUUAUACACUUUCACAUAGAAUUUUUCUUUGAAGGUAUGAGAAGUAUUUUUCUGUAGCGUCCUAUCAAAGAAAUUCUUACACACCUCCAUGCACAACCAUGCCAUAAAUCAUCAUUUCUCAUUCAUCCAGGUAAAACCCUAUGGAUUUUGGGGUUAAUUUACACUAGAAUUAGCUACAAAUAACACUCAUAAUUUCCAUGAAAUUAUUUAAGACUGCAUAAACAAUGACAGGUCCUGCUUGUUGCUUAUUGACAUAAAUAAUUUCAUUAUUCCCCUAAAUCACACUCCAAUACUCUGUGAAAAGUCUUCCCUUCUAACCACUCAGCUCCCCCAUGUCUGUACCACACAUUCCUGGUGGCAGCCUCCUGCAAGAACCACCAGACUGCAAGAAAAUAAAUCAGUUUUGGGAGCUGAUAAGGCAGUCCUGAUGACAAAGACCUUUAAAAGGCUGGGCAGGCAAACUUUGUUCCUCUGCUGAGCCUCUCUUGGGCUACUCUUUGCUUCCCUCUUCCUCCCAAAUCUUACUCUGUAUUUUUUGGAGGACAGAAACAAGUUCUAGGCAAUGCCAAGUAUGGACGGAUGAGUCCAGAGAGAGCUGAAGAUGUGAAAGCCAAAUUUCCAGCAGACCAUCCUGAACUGCUCCAUGGCUGCUCAUGGCCACACUGGGCUCUGUGCCCAAGCCUGGUUCCAGGUGUGUCUGUGCUGAAUGUGAAGCCAUGACCUUGGACCACAGCCUGAGCUCUGGUCUCCAAAACAUUUCUGUUUUGUUUUGGUUUUUUUUUUUUCCCAUAAUCUGGGUCUAGGUCUGGAAAGAAAUCCUGCAAUUGGCCCACCCAUGGGAUGGAGCAAUGCCUGGGGCUGGGACAUGAAGUUUUUUGGUCCUUCAGGUCCAAGUGUGAGCUGAGGUGGUCUGAGGAGUUCUCUGAACAGGAGAUGUGGCUGGAGAUGUUGCAAGGUGGCCUUUCAUAAUGUGACCCCAAGACAGAGGAACAGCCAUAAGUCAAAUUUCCCAAUAUUUGGGAAGGGACUUUAAUGUUACUCAAGUGCAGAUUUUGUAUGUGAAUUUCCUUGUUGACCCAUUUUCUUAACAACAAUUUUUAAAGCAAAAACUGUCAAGGAGCUUACCAAAACCAAACCUCUCACCCAGCUCAGAAAGCCAUUCUAUUUCUUUAGAAGACUAUGUGACAGAUCAGAUUUUCUAAAAUUUGCAUUUUGUUUCAAAUGCUGCUUAAGAGGUCCAAAUAAAUUUUGCAGGGUCAUUGCUAUUUAAGGAUAAAUAGGUAUAUUUUUACAUUUUUAUUGAUUUUUAAAAUUUUAAAUUAUGUGAAUUUUUAGAAAAAGUUUGUAUAAUCUACCUGAGAAGCCAGAGCAUCGCCUCAGAUACAAAUGCUCCCCUUACAGAUAAUUGCCCAAGAGAAAAGAGAAACACCUUCACUCAUACUUUUCCCAAGAGGAAGCCACUGGAAACCUUAUUUUCCUGAUAUUCUCAGACCACCAUGGUCCCAGCAACAUUAUUGUUAAGACUAAAAUUUAAGUAUUAAAAGAGAAACUGAAAUUCCUAAGGAAUUUACCCAAACUUGUCCCAUACAAAGACCUUUAGCAGUGAGUAUUUUAUUGGGAAUGUUAAAAAGCCCAGGAGCAGGAUAAGGAUUUCUGUUUCUCCAUCAUGUGAACGCUCAGGCUGAGUGAACCCUGAGCCUCCAAUUUUUUAAUCCCAACCCACAGCUGCACGUCCACAUCCUCUCCAUCCUCUCUCCAUCGCAGGUCAGCCUCUUCUGUUCCCAUCAGCUUCCUUUUCCUGAGCCCCAAACAAGGAAAUCAGAUACAAAAGCUCCUUCAGCUGCAGGUAGCAUUGAGGAGAAGGCUGUGGGGAGGGCUGAGGGCAGCAGCCCCUCCGAGCCCUGCAGGGUCACUGCUGCUCAGAGGUGUAAAAGCAAACCCUUGCUUUUAGCACACAAACACCCCGACUUUUCUGCCUCACGGAGCAGAACCUGCUCUGUGCAGGGGUGUGGGUUCACUGGUUUUUUUUAACAAUAACAAUAGGGUGGGUUUUUAAUAAUAAGGAUAAUAAUACUGCAUAGGAAUCUUCUUUAGUAUAUCUUAGUGUUUGAUGCCCCAGUGACACAAUACUGCUUGCCUUACCUUAGUGUCUAGUGGGAGAGGGGUCACACACACCUUUUGAUACACUAUUAAUCACGCUUGGAAUUUAGGUAGCAGCAGGAACCUUUUUAACUUAUGAAUGUGCUUUCUGGACUAUCUCACUGACUGUACUCUCAAUUUUUGCCUGCUACUGCAUGCAGCCUGAGAUGAGUAGACAGCAAUAUGCUCCAGCUGUAUCUGCACUCCCAGAUUGCUGUAGUACCUGACAAGGUAAACAUUGCCAAAAGCAUCACCCUGGGGAGAGGCUGUGCUCCCAGGGAGCCGCCUCGCAGGGUGCUGCGGUGCUUCUGUAGGUAACACUGAUAUACCAAGUGUCUUUCAUGCUGCAACUGGUCAUCACCCCAUCCCUCUGAUACAGCAUGCACAGACUCCAUUUCUACUGCUUGUGACUACGGGGUAAAAAAAACCAAACAUGUUUGUACCUGUGGUUCCUUCAAAUGUGUAAAUGGGGAGGAGAAAAUACGAGUUGUAUUGGCUGUGUGUCACAACCUCCUUUCCAUCUGGAUGCCUCUGAAAAGGAGCAUCCCAGAUAGCCCUUGCUGGGGGUUUGGAGGAGCAGGCAGUGCCAAGGAUGGAGGCCUGGUCUUCAUUUCAAAGAUGCCAUUUGAACCCACAUGUGUGGGAGCUGCCAUAUGUCUGAUUUAAUUCCCAUAGGAUCCUCUCACCUGCAUCCAGCCCUGGGGUGCUUUUGUGCCUGCAGCACAGCCCAAGGUGCAGGGGAGAAGGUGACUUCCAAACCUUGGAAACCACUCUUUGGGAAUUCCACCCACCCUUCCCUACAGCCUUGGUGGUCUCAGACACCCUGGAACUGUGCCAUAACCAUUCCUCAUGGAAGCAUCUCUCACUCUCCUUACAGAGUGGCACUGAGCUACAUUUUCAUCUCCAUGAACAUUUUGCCAGUGUUCUUCCCACUGCAAUACCAGGCUGCCAUGGGGCCUUCAGGGUUUGCCCAUCUUGCUGGUGUUUGCAGUCUCUUGUAUCUCUCGGCACUGCUGCCAUGACCGAGUUUGACCCCAUAUCCUCCCCUUCCCUGCCCAGACUAUUUACCAGGGAAGCUGUAAUGCCAGAACUCUGCUCUGAGACUUGGCCUGGCAUCACCAGGCAGCACCAGGUGCACCAGAGAACCUUUGUGUUUUGUUAGCAUGACAGUUUUGCUUUUUAUUGGCAAUUUAUUUGCUUCCUCAUUGAGCCACCGUGGCCUCAACACAUCCCUGGUUUGUUCUGCUGGAGCUUUUCCAUACAGGGAUGGGGUCUGUGCUGUCUCUCUGUGCCCUCUGAGGGUUUGUCCUCGUGGCUUUAGCUGAUUAAAGUGAAACAGGGAUGAGGUCUGGCUCAGGUUUUCUUGUCCAGGUGAACAUGUCUGAGCUCACAGGCUCUACCAGUGGAGAUGUUUUUGCUCCCUGAAGCCAGAGCUGUUUUCAAGACCCUUGUGCACUUUGGCAACCCACAGAUGUGGCUGUGCAUGCCAGGCUCCAUCUCGGUAAUGGGGAGAGCUGGAAAGCAGCUGGUCCAAGCUGUGCUGUUUCCAAAGCUGCCAAUGAACCUGGAAGCACUUUGCCCACUCCUAAUUCCUGUAAAUACAGCUGCAGGUGGAUUGUUCAAGCAGCAUCUGUUUGCCUGGUUCUGAGAAACCACAAGGCUUCCCAAAGCUCAGUGCCAAGCCAGGCUGGAUUUCACCUGCAGCUAUGCCUAUAAUUUCAGGGCAGGGUUAAUGAUUUCAGGUAGAAGCCAUGCCAGAGCCUCCAGUUCGGAUGGUUCUGACCCCAAAACAAGGCUGAAUGUCACGCUGCCAGCAAAGCCUCUGCUGGAAUUUCAGCUCCAUUUAACACUGAUGACUGUGGACGUGGAGAGAUGCUCUUUUCUUCCCACUCCACGCAAGAAAAGCUCAGCACAAGCCUUGCAAGCCACAAUGGGAAAAUACCUCUUUAUUUUAACAUGGGCACCUCCCUUUAAAGCAGAAGCAGCAUUUCACAGUAAUUGCUUAAACUUGACCAACACAGUGGCCAUGAUCCAGUGUUUUCCAUAUGCAGUGAUGCUCAUGAAGAGGAUUGAUCACAGGUGUGGAUGUGGUUCUUUAUUCUCUCCACAGACACCAUGUUCAGCCUUGCUGAGAACAUGAGGACAAGUCAAGGCUGGUGACAGGUCUCCUCUGUCCUGCCUGCUUAUCCAGCAUCUUCCCUGGAGCUGGAGUUUCCCCAUGCUCCUGUCAGCAGACACGAUGGAGACCUUUCUUUGUUGGUUACUCUUCCCUCCCUCCAAAACCCUAAAAUUUGACAUUUCUUCACUUUUUCUCAAAAAAUUCACGCACAGUGUAGAGUACCUGAGACUUUCAGAAACACCAAGGCAAAACAAGAUAUAGCUGAUAAAUGAGAGAGAUUUUGUUAUUUUAAAUCAAGAGCAGGUUUUAAACAUAGCUGCAGUUGCUGCGUGGUGUAUCAAAUGCUUUAGGAGAUUCAAGAAAUUAUUCUUAUAAAUGUUUUAUUCUUUUAUCAGUAAUUCAUAUAGGUGGGUGCCACUGUUCUUAUACAGCAACAACACUCCACACACUAAAACUAUAUUCCUGUUUCUCCAAUAUAGACACUGUAUUUAUGAAAUUUAUCUUGCUUGGUGUCACUUUGGCACAUUAUCCACAUGUACUGCACACAGAUUGCACAUUACAUGCCAUGUGCUGAUAGGUAUCUUUACAUGUAAUCAACCUAUGUGCAUUGAACAGACACCAAAGUGUCACCUGCCUGGUUUGUGAUGUGACUCAACAUAACUGGGAAAAGGGAAAAAAAUGAACAUCCUGUUUUGUUAAGAAAUUCACUGCAUUUGAAUGCUUCUUUAAACAGAUUUUAUCAGGAAGCUAAAAUACGAGAUUGCCUCUGUGAUGUUAAUUAAAAAAUACCUGAACAAAAUGAACACACACAGCCCAUAAAUACUUAACAGCUACUGUAUUCCUAUGUAUUCUUCAUUGCUAUUCAUCUGAAUUGUAAAUUCUGUACAGAUUGAAUGAAGCUCACAGUUUAUCUUUGUCAUAACCUGCAGGAUAAAAGGACAACACAACUUUGGCUGCAGAAACGUGUGCAUGUGGUUUGAGUACAUGCACCACGUGUGGCUGUGUGUGCAUGUGGGUAUGAACACGUGUGCACAUGUGUUCUUUAUCAAAGCAGACAAAGCUGCAUCUGAGAUGCACAAGGGGAAGAAAAGUUCUGUUUUGGAGGUGAGACAGUGGGUAAAAUAAAACCAAAUUACCUUUUCAAUAAUUUGUCUCGGUCAAAAAGGAAGAUUUGCAGAGGGGAUUGGUGUGUGACUGCCACCCCAAGGAGAAACCCCACUGCUGAAGGCAGCACAGCCCAUGCAGCAGAGCGAUGCAGUUCUUUGAGUGAUAAUUUCUUUUUUGGCUUCCUUCCAAACAAACAAAUAUGAGUGGCCACUGCCAACUUCAAGUCCAAAAAGCCCAUUCCUAAGAAGUGUGGCCAAGCAGUUGUCCUGUGCCUUUGGAGAUCCAAGGGCAAAGUCUUUUCGUGCUGUGCCAGGGUGUCCCACGGCAGCGGCGCUGGCUGAGGGCAGUGCCAGGGUCUCCCACAAACCUACUGCCCAGGCAGAGGAUCCCAGCGCCCCAUGGGUCUUACCUUUGCCUAUAUUUAAAAAGCCCUUAGGUAAGACAUUAUUAAGAAAAGAAACAUUAAAAGCCCAUCUUUGAUCUUAGAGUUAUGGAAGAAAGGACCAUGUUAUAACCAAUAAAUCUGAUUUUCCAAGCAGGUCAGCCCACAGAUUUCAAUAGCCCCUAUACAGAGAUUUCACCAGCCUCAGCAAAUGAAUCAUCCUCUAGGACUGAACUUUGCCAAUAUUUUCACAGAUACAAGAUUCAUAUUGGGUAGGGCUUACCCUUCAGUGUUUAAUCUAAAUAAACAAAGGCAUGAAGAGGAAACUUUUCUGGCUUAAUACUGCUGGAUGCCUUGAAUAAAUAGUAAUCAGAUUUUUGCAUUGGCCUGAAAUUCAUCUCUGGGUCCAAAGUUCUCAGCUGUAAGAGCUGCUUCAGCCCUGAACAGGUUACUGAGCAAAGAGUACAUCAUUUCUGGAGAGUGUUGCCGCUUCCCUGAGAUACCUUGACACUCCCAUGGUUUAUUACAGCACCUGGCUCAUUUGGCCUUACCUGGGCUAAAAAUGGUUGACGUUUUUGUCCUGACAGUGAGAACUGAGAGGUGAAUUUCCCAGCGAGAGGAGCGCGGGGCCACCCGCCUGCGAAUCCCGUGCGGGAAAAGCGCCGGGGCUGGGCUGAGCCGGCAAGUUUGGUUGUCCUUUAGAAAGCAAAGACAGCUGCUGCUUUGCUUCCUUUCAUUUGCUCUGUUGCCUUGGCUUUCUUGCACUUUCGUUUCAUCUCCAAAGAAUCUCUCAUAAUGCCUUUGGUACUUAUGUACAAUUUGAAAACAUUUUGUAUGUAUGGAAUGAGACACACUUUUCUCUUGUAAAAUAGCAAUCAGAUUUUCUUUUCUCUCUUUUUUUUUUCUUUUCUUUUUUUUUUCUGUUGGUGAAUGUGUAAUUUCCUCUGUACAUUUCAAUCAUGACUUUGUGCAAUGUACAUUUUAUAGGGACAGGUGCCAAGGGAAGGACCUGUGGUUUUUCUAAGGGACUGGCUAGAAGCUGACAGACAGUCAUACAUGGUUUUACAUGAGCACCGUGGAAAAGCAACAUAGCCCAGACUUUUACACUGAAGCACUGAGCGUGGGUCAGCUUGUACCUUCACAGGAAUGACUGUGGCAGCUGCAAAACUCUUUCUGUGUGGUGUGAAAACCAACAGCGACGGUUGCAACUGGAAGGGAAAUGGAGGAAAAUUAAAUAAUCACAAUCAUUAAUUUAAGCCUCGAAGCAUCAGAAUGGAAAAUUUGCAUUCAGUAAAAAUACCAGAGAUUUAACCUUCAUGAGAUGAAAUACACAUUUAUUUUUCUUUGCA